UUUUUUUUUUGGCUACUGUAUAUAAUAACAAGAAUAAUAAAUAGCUAUCCUUCGUCUUUCUUUCACAUACAUUUAAAAAAUACUAUGCUUAUACCUAAAAGGAAAACAAUAGUGGCAGUGGGUUUGGGUCAGUUACUAUCACUAUGUAUAACCGGCACAAGUUCUGCAUCGUCCGCAUUAUGGAAGCAUUAUAACAUUAGCAUACCCUUCACCCAGAAUUUUUGUAAUUACCUUUUAUUAGCAUCGAUCUACUUUUUCAUACCUCUCUUAUUCACUCACCAUCGCAGCCACCAUUACAACCGCAUUUCUUUCCAAUUCUUGGGGUUUUCUUUUGCAGACGUACAAGCCAACGUAUUGGCCGUACUUGCCUUUAAAAAUACCUCUGUGCUAUCUGCCUUGGUCUUAUCCUCAUGGUCUAUCCCAUGCAUCAUGUUACUGUCAACAUGGUUUCUAGAUGCCAAAUAUAGUAAAAUUCACGUCCAAAGUGCCGUCGUUUGUUUAAUUGGAUUAGGCAUGUUGAUCUGGGGUGACACCAUGGGUCAUGAAGACACAACCAGUAAAUAGUUUUUCUCUCUCUCUCUCUCUCUCUCUUUCGUAUGAUGUUAAUGCCUCCCUUUUUGAAUUGUAGUGAACCAUAGUUGGUUUGGUGAUAUCGUUUGUUUAUCUAGUGCAACCUUGUAUGCAAUUAGUAACGUGACAGAAGAACAUUUGGUGAAACAC